UUGGGAUUAGUGCACAUUUUGAAACGUAUUGCAACGUUUAUUUCACGUAUUAUUGGCAGAGGUACGAUUUGCGAAUAAUCAAUAUCACGGUUUUUUUCUUUAUAUGAAAUAAAACCCGGGUAUUUUCCGUACUUACUUCCCUAAGAGAGUUUAGUCGAUGCAUAUUGCGUCAAGGUCGUCAAUACAGUACACGUAUCCACACAUCACAUCAGUCAGAUUCUUAUUAUUAGUAAUUACACGUCUCUAGUCAAAACAUUUCAUUAUAUUCUAAACAUAACAUAACGUUGCAAAAACACUGCCAAACAAUUCGCAUAAAGUCUGCAUUGUGCGAAAUAUAUGGUGAUAAUAAUACAUAAUGGAGGAAGAAGAAUCUCAGAAACUGCACCCAGAAGAAGACACACUUCCCACCGUGGUGGCAUCCACGGACAGUGCGGCGUCCUCCCCCUCUGGUCGUCCCCCCUGGUUGAAGCGCUACCUGGGCAUCCUGCUCGCCCUCUGCGCCUCGCUCCUCUUCCCACUCACGGGCCUCCUGGUCAAAACCUUGGUCAAGACGUAUCACCCUUUCAACGUGGCGUUCUGGCGAUUUCAGGGCAUUCUCCUCCCAGCCAUUCCUAUGGCUCUUUGUCGCCCUUCAGCCAAAAAGGACGGCAAGAAAAAUAAAAAUAUCUUUGCCCCCAUAACCUCGGGGGAAGACGCGGCCCAAAAUCGUGUCCUCCUCGUUCUGCGCGGCCUCGCAGGCGCAUCCGCGCUCGUCUUUCAGUUCUACUCUCUCCGCUACAUCACGAUUGCGGACUCUUCGGUUAUCUCGUUUUCGACGCCGGUGUGGGUGACGCUCUUGGCGCAUGUAACCCUUGGAGAGGCGUGCAGCGUGAUGACCAUUCUGGCCGGAGUGCUCUCAUUGGCAGGUGUGCUUAUCAUUUCGCGACCACCGAUGCUCACAGGGCAGGAAUCUUGGGACGGGGACACGCUCAUCGGUGUCGCACUGGCGCUAGGUUGCAUGGUCUGUGCGACGAGCACGUUCGUCAUCCUGCGCCGCCUCCGGACCAUGUCCUACGCCCUGCUGAACUUGUUCUUCGGUAUUUGGGGCAGUUUAGAGACGCUCUUUCUGUCCGCGUUGAUCUGGACGUUUUCGCCCCCAAUGAACUGGUGGGACGGGGGGUUGGCGAUUGCUUUGGGCGUCCUCUCCUUCAUCUCACAGCUCUGCAUGACACUCUCCUUCAAGUACGAAACUGCCGGGGUCAUCUCCCUCAUUAGAACUUUGGACGUUAUAUUUACCUUCAUUUGGCAGUACCUCGUCUUCCAAGUAGUACCGGACAGAUUUAGCGUGAUAGGCGCCAUCAUAGUUUUGACGGGAAUUGGGCUCGUCGGAGUAAGAAAGUGGUUGACUGAACUGGAUCCUCAAGAUCCUCGAAGGAAGCGAUUCGCACUAUUGCUCAUCUAGUCAUCAAUUGCAAAAGUGGUAUUCAAAUGUGAUACGGAGAAACGAUGAAAUUAGAAAAAUAAUCUCGAAAAAUAUUUACAUAUUUAGCAAAUAGAUAUUAUUUUAUUAAUAAAAGUAGCAAAUAAUAUUUAUAGAAUCAUUAA